AUGAACCUAGAACGGUUUGCAGAAUUCUCGCGGUUUGGCCAAUUUGUUCUGAGUGCUUUCCGACGGUACGAGCAGAAAUUAACAGAUCUCAACUGGGCGGACAGCAGCCCGGGCGACGAAGACCAUUGGAUCUCUACGCGCAUCCUGUGUUUCCCAAGCCACAUCGACGCUUCUUUUCUGAAGGAGGCGGCAUCAAUUGGCCAUCCCGAAACCCCAAGUGAUGCGGCUCUUCAACAGGCCGUGGAACAGCUUUCCACAUUCGCCAGUACACAAUUAACCACAGGGGCAGACGGCCCACUUAUAGACGGGGUUGAAAGCCUCGACUACAUCAUGGACGACCCGGGUUGGAUGGGGACGCAAUGGGCAGACGCAGAGAGUGUCACUGGAAAUCCAUUCUCGACGCCACUCCGCUACGAUUUCGAGAAUCUGUGA